AUGAGUUUGAAAUCAGUGACGACAACUCUCCGUUUAGGGUUUAUGAGUGGUGGAGUGGCCCGGGGUUGGAUCGCCUGUACCAACAAUUGGUAUCAAAGCUUAGGGUUUGUGAAAAGGAACAAGGCCCGUUUGAGAGUCGGUUUCACAAAAAGGGUAGCCCUUUGCAGCAGCGCAGAUGCAGUAGGAACCCGUGUUUCUGGUGAUGAGGUUAAAGCAUCCUGUGGAUCGAAGGUAAACAGAGGUCAUGAAGUUGUUAGUGUUCGUCACUGGUUAAUGGCGCAAAAGUUGGUUCAUUUGGUUGGUUUCUUUGAUGGCUGCCUUUUGUUUUGUGGUGUCCGACAAGGUGGUGCUUAUAGCGACGGGAAAAGCAAGUUUCUUUGUUUUCUUGAUCGGUGGAAGAAGGCUCUCGUUUCACAAGAAGUUUUAGGUGAAAACGGAUUCUGUGUGGUGAAUAACAACAGUCGGGUAUAG